GAGACAUACAGGAUUUUUCAUAAUAAGGGCAGGAGUCUUGAUAAACCAAAAGAGCACUACUCGCAAAACUCUCCUAGGUUUUUCCAACAAAUAGUAUAUCCAAAAGAGCACCCUUUUGUCAUGUUUCUUAAAGAUGUUCAUAAUUCUGGAAUACUAGACUUACAGAAGGUCCUUAAAAAUUCAUAUAGCAUUGAAACCUAAAAGGUUCCUAAUUCUCAGGGCGGUUAUUCUUCACCUAGCUCCUUAGGCCAGGUUCAAUAGCCAAAUUUGGACUCAAAAAUUAAUAAAACUCUAAUGAUAUAUCACUUUCUUGGAAUUUGGGUGCUUCUAAAUUUUGGAUAUGUAGCCUAAUUUGAAAAACCAGAAUUGACCUCCUGAUUCUAAGCAAAGCGACUUUAUUUUUCAUGAUUCCAAGAAAAUGGCCGUCGAAGAAGCCAGCAAAAUUCUGUGAAAUAUUCAAAUGAUUAUUAAAUAACCCAGUAAAUUGCAAAAAUAUUAGCAAAGAGCUUACUAGAAAAAUUUGGAGACCAUCCAGCAGGAGAUUCAGAAGAACCUAUGUCAAGGAUGUCGGUGAACGGAAACCCGUUUGGUGAGACGAGGAGGAAAUAAACAUAACCCUAAUGGCUGAUUUAUGGAAAAAGACUCAAGGCCAAAAUCUUCUUGAGAGUGUUUUUAGUAGGAAAGUUUUAGGUUUUGCUUCCAGUUAUGAGAAAUAAGUGCUCGAAAUAUUAAAAAUUAAUAGAUAUUAUUAACGAUGUCUUCGUAGAGACUCCUGAAUGUUUCCAUAUACUUUUCCUUGUCGUUCUUCAUGCAUUUCUGCUCUGUCUCCACCAAGUGGUCGAUGCACCUAGUACCAGAGUGGGAUAGCUGCCCAGCAUAGAUAAACUGGAGACAUCUCUGGAAGUAUUUUCAUUUGUGGACUAAGGUAUACUUGGCUCUUGUGUAGCCAGUCAUGGCUGCAUUGACAACUUUAGCAUCUUUGAACGGCUCUGAAUCACCUUCCAGGGUAUCUUUUGA